AUGGAAAAAAUAACUUUGUCACCAAUUCAUUUGCUAAAAAAUAAAGGAGAUAUGUCACCAAAAUCAAACGAUGAUAAUAUUUUAUCAUAAUAAAAAAAAAUUUGGUAAAACAAACAAAGCACACUUAAAAAAAAUUCAAAUUUAAGUGAUUAGAGGAAGAAAGCAUUAUUAUAAUGCGAUUUUAUUUUACUAACAGAUAAAUUGCACUUAUGGAACAGAUAUUUGAUCUCUAAAUUCGAGAAGAUCGAUUCUAUUUCUCAUUCCUGA